GCUUGGAUUUUCUUGUCAGAGAAGUUCAGAACCUGUGCUACGAAGAUCAAGUAUCACAGCAGAACAAUCACAACGUGCACGAGGUCAACACGAGCUAUCAUUCUAUCAAAGGCACCAAGAGGUUUGGUCUGCUUUACGAUCCUGGUGCAUCGUCAGGCAUCAUCGGCACGGACACGGUACGGGAAUAUCAGCAGGAGAUUCCCGGCGGUGCAGAGAUCGAAUCCAGACCAACCCGAGCUCAGUUCACGGGCAUCGACGGCAAGCCUACACCUGGCAUCGGCAAGGCGAUCGUACCACUACGCAUCCCAGCCAUGAAGGACGCGACGUUCACUGGAGACAUGAUCGGAGGCAUGGGAAGCUGGUGCCCGGCUCUGAUGCCAUUGCCAACCUCGAUCAGAUACAGGGCCAUCAUGUUCUCGGCGAUGUUCGACAACGGUGACGGCAUCCUGGUGAUCUUCCCUGACAGUCGACGACUUGGCAAUAGAGCUACACCAGUGUAUAUCAGGCUCCUGUUGACUGACUCUCGGCACUACAUCAUCCCGACGGACAACCAGCAUAUCCGAGAAGAAGUUGAUCAACAAUAUCUUCAUGGAGUUCUUCUGGACCAUCUUCAAAUAUUCUGGGACUUCAAACCAUCCCGCUCUGGAGGCAGAUCGGCGGAGUUUCAAGUGGAUACAGCACCCGCGGACACUAGCACCGGAGCGAAGUCAUCGACUUUUUCGGGCAUGAGCAGGGAUACGACCAACCCAGAAAUUCUGAAGCAGCUGGACCAUCUCAGCAAGAGCAUCGAGAGCAUCAAGGAUCACAUCGGCCAGCCCGCAGCUCCCAACACGCACCACUUCGUGAGCAUGGAGACGGCAUUCGCUGGACACAGUUGUGGAGACGACAAGUGCACUCAAGACCACCAGUAUCCUACGAGGAAAACGACUAUUACAAGAACACAAAACUUCUGGAAGGUCUGGGGCAUGUUCAAGGGCAGCGGCUUUACUGGCGAUAUGAUUCCAGACGGCCUGAAUCCGGCACAACAAGAACGAAUGCAGAAGAACUACCAGGGUAUCCCAGAGAAAUUCUACACCAAGACGAAACUGACGGUCAUUACCCCCAGAAAUGCGGACAGCUUCCUGAAACAUCUUCAAAAUUACAAGAUCACGAGCGUGGACAUGCAGGAACACUUUUCGGGAAGCAGUACCUUGUCAUUCUGGGCAUGGAGGUGCGAAUUCUCUGUAUUAUUCCCAACGGACAUGAGAUGCGGCUGGAACCUCGGGCUGAAGGAACACCAGGACAUCAUUACCAGAUUUCAGAAGGCCAUCCGUAUCCAGGUGAAAUUCUACACGCCAGAGUGUGCCCCCUGGUCACAGGCGAGUCAGACGGCAGAUCCAGAGAGAAAGGCAGCGAAUCGCUCAGCAGAUCUUCCAGCACUUCAAUGGGUAUCCGACGAGUGCAAGAACACGAACCUGGACGGCACGGACUACGUCAUAGAGAACCCGGCCAAGAGCGCGAUCUGGGAGGAGUCACCCUUGAAGGGGCUGCAGAGCGACGAGCGCAUGUACAACAACAUCUGCGACCAGUGCCAGCACGGAGCUCAGGACGCAGAAGGCACACCCAUCCAGAAACGGACGAAGUUCAUGGCAUCUUUUCGCAUGAGGAGAACGGCAAUUCAGUGUCAAUGCGUACGUCCCCAUGCUUGGCUCGUCGGAGGCCCCCAGACAUCGAAGGCCAAGAUCUUCACAGAGAAGCUGUGCAAGAACAUCUUGAAGGACAUCGGCAAGCGCAUCGAGAUGACGCUCAAGACACCAUUGGACCUUCUUUUCUGGACGUGCGAGAGCAUCAGCAGUAAAUCACCCAAGAAGGAAAUAGUGAUCAAGCCCAAUUUCGACUUGCAGCGCUUCAAACAUCAACUCGAAGAGGCGGCUUCGGAUCAAGCGCGACUGGCAUUGCUCCUGGGAUUUCAUCUGAAGUUCUGGCACGCUACACCUGAUGAGAUGGCGAGACUACUGGCGGCCCUUGGAGUGGAACCGAACAUCAUCAAGCUUUGCCCACAAGUGGUCAAGGAUCUGUGCGAAGGUUGUCGCAAGUAUGCCAUGCCGUUACACCGACCAGCGUUUCGCGCACACAUCACAACGAAGUUCAACGAGCGAGUUCAAGGCGAUUUAUUCUUCCUGUGGGACAUGAUAUGGCUCAUUCUAGUGGACGAGCACAUCAGAUACAAGGUCAUCGGAGUGAUGAAGGACAAGACGGCCCCAGAGUACCUACGUUGCAUGGGAGAAUGUUGGAUCAGAUUCUUUGGGCCUAUGGAGACAUUCGUAUCGGAUCAGGAAGGAGCUCUAACCUCGGACCUCGUUGGAACGACGCUGGACAGGUACACGAUCAAGCGAGAGUUUGCCGGCACGGACCCGAACAAAGAGGAGAAGAGUACUACUGGAUUGGUGGAAUCUCACAUUCGUAUGACCAAGUCUAUAGCGUUGAAGAACGAGGUGGUCGCCAAGCGAGAGGGCCUCAACAUUUCCAAGGAGACGCUAGUGUACGAGGCGGCGAUGGCGCAGAACUUAUUGCUCAACUUCGGUGGAAGCACGCCCGCCAACGCACUUCUCGGCUACACUCCUAGGGACUUCUACGACGAGAACUCGGCGACCACCAUGGCCCACAAGGGCGCGCUCGAGAUUUCACCUGACACGUUUGAGUCGAACGUACGUAUGCGAUUGUUAUCCAAGCAGAAUGUCCUGAAGACGAUCUUUGAGGAACGCCUCGCCAUAGCCAAUAAGUCUCGACCACAGAAACUGGACACCGAGAGGAUCAAGGUCGGUGACAAGGUGGACUUGUAUCGCACACCGAGCAAGAAGGAUCAAGAGGGCUGGCGAGGACCAUGUGAUCUACUACAUAUGAAGAGCACAGGAGCGAUCGUGGUAUGGAAUGGAUAUCCCUACAUCGUUCCACUGCGGCACAUUCGGAUUCAUCAGAGAUUAGCAGCUUGGGCCAACAGCUACGAGCGCCAACAUACAGCAUCUUCACCUUCGAUGUACUUGGUCACGGAUUAUACCGACAUGCUUGACAUUGUGGAAGGCACGGUUCCGUUCAAGCCGCAGAUCGUGGGCAUGCUGAUUGGCGCCGACGGCAAGAUGCGAGCCUCAUCCAGUAUGGGAGAGACACCUCCCAAGGUUUGGAUUCUAGCUCAGCAGUGCGCAGAGGACGAAUGGGGAAUCCAAAUCGACGGUAUUGUCUUUGGCAGAUGUGUUCGACGGUUGUACGCGGUUACUGGAGCUACUUUCGGACGACAGGUGACUUGGGACUGCACGAGACGCGAUCAGUAUGUGACAACGGACAUCAAUCCCAGCAGGCAGGUAUUGGACAUCAUCAAUGCCAUUCCGAACAUGAGCGACGCCAAUGCGUGCAGCAUUCUGUUCUAUUCCUUCUCAUCAAUGGCAGAAGACGAGGAAACGAAGAAGUAUGUCAUCCCCGACUUCUCGGACAUCUCGGCGAUCGAUCCCGAUGACGAGAGCAUGCUAGACCUACCUCUUCAAUGGCCUCUAUCACCUGAUCGUGACCCAGUGGCGGAAGAACAACAACAAGGAGGACAACCACCGCCACCUGGACCGCCUCCGGCACCAGCAGUAGCACAGCAGAAGUACAUCCUGGACUUGGACCUCCUGCUCCACCAGCUCCUCCGGCAGCUCCCGCAGACAUUCGACAUCAGUGACACGGCAUGGCCGGAUGGAGACGUCAGCAUCAUCGAGGCGGACAGCAACAUCCCGCCAAGAUCACCGUUUCCACCACCGGCUCCGCAGCGAGUUACCUUGCGCGACGACAACAGCUGGAAGCGAGAUCGACGGGCACUGGACGAAUCUCAGCAGAGUAUCGAAGUGGAUGACAAGAGCAUGAUCAGUGACGAGCAGUUCGUGCCAGAUAAGGAACGAACCUGGCACUUCGAGUUCAUCAGGAAGCACAACUAUUCCUGGCGGAACAAGUUCAACUGGGAGCCAACCGACUCCCGCGGCGACGACUGCAACACCGGCAACGACUACGGAAACACCUACGACACAAUCUCCACCUAA